AAUCUCUGAAUCAGGAAAUGGGCAUUUCUUAAUGGAGAUACUACAUGCUCGAAGCCAGAUAGAAAAUAGUUUAAUCUCCACCGGGAUUUGAUCAAUAAUAUGCUUUGGAACAGAGUAGAGAAUAAAUAAGUUUUUAUGUUUUCUUCAACUUUGCAUUAAGGCCAAUCUCUAAACAUCACACAGUUUUACCGCUCUUGCAGUCUCAAUGCAGUAAGGAAGACAAGAUGAUCCAAGUGAACGACUGCCGCUGUGAAAAGAUCAUCAAGAAAACUUUGAAAACCAGCUGUUUGGACUUCAAAGGCUUUUUUCAAGUUGUUCAAAAGGAAUUUUCUGUCCCUUCAAAUGAUUCAUUUGUGUUGACCACAACUGACAGAAUAAUAGUGGAUGCUGAUAAAUUUGAAAAACUGAAAGAUGGCACAACCCUCUAUCUGCUGCGAAAAAUGGACCAAGUCCUGCCAGCUUCAAUCGAGGAAGAGAUCAAUUUUGUUCCUCACUACAACACACUGAUUGAAAGUGGGACAAAUGAGUACUUUAUUGAGGGCCAGAAAUCACUGCCCUGCGCUCUUGCUGAGCUGGUGGACAAUGCUCUUUCAGCCACAGCAAAAAACACUGAAGUCAAGAGUAUAGAGAUAAGGCUGAUUUUCAACAAAACAUUUGGGAAACCUGCUGUCAUUGUCUUGGAUAAUGGGUGUGGGAUGACCUUCAAGCAGCUCAAUAACUGGGCCAUUUACAGACUCUCUAAGUUCACAAGGGAAAACGGCACAUUUGAAAGUGAAGGAGAGGGAUAUGUUCAUCCUGAUCAUGUACCUCGCAGUCUCAACAGUGACAUUUCCUUUUUUGGAGUUGGAGGAAAACGAGCGGUUUUCCACAUGGGGAAUGCUGUCAGAAUGAUCAGCAGACCUACAGGCUCUCCAGAUGUUCAUGAGCUGGUUCUAUCAAAGGACGAAUUCCAGAAAAAGGAGCAGAACAACGAGGACGUUUACAGAAGCAAAAUUCUACACAGGAUGCCUGGUGACUUCUCACACAUAACUGAUGAUGAGCAAUUUCUUCAUACCAUCAUCGCUGAAGAAACUGGGAAAAAGAGCUUCACUGUGGUUGUGAUCACAGGAAUCUUUCAGGAGCACAUCGAUUACCUGAAAAAUAACUUUAAGGAGUGGACCAGAGAGCUAGCUCACAUUUAUCAUUACUACAUUCAUGGGGUCAAUGGAAACUGCAAAACAGACAUCUCUCAAAAAUCAGACAACCUCCCAAGAAUUGACAUUCUUGUGACUUUGUGUGCUUCCAAAAACCCACAAAAGAUUAAUCUCAGACAAGUGAAAGACGACAUGCAGACUCUAUUCAUAAAUGCAGCCAAAGACACAUUUGAGUUCAGGGCCACCACUCCAGACAACGGUAUUGUGGAGGGUGUCCUUCGAUAUCAUCCGUUCCUCUAUGACAGGGAGACCUACCCUGAAGAUCCAUAUGUCAAUCAAGCGCCUGGUGAGGAUGAUGAUAAUAAUGAAAGGGAGUCUGGAGACACAGGUCAGGCAAGAGGAAGGAGGGACAUUUUUGAGUGUUUCUGGAAUGGACGGCUCAUCCCUUACACCACCAUUCCUGGAUUUGGCUGGUGCCAAAAGAAAGGCUCAAGAUUACCAGCGGAGUGCUAUAGCCGCUUUUCUGGGGUGCUUUUCACUGAUGGCAAAUUUCGCGUCAGUGCAACCAAGCUGAAAUUCAUGGAACUGGAGAAGCAGUUGGAGAAACCGGACACACAUUUCACCCCCGCUUGUCCUAUUCAGAAAUCCCCAAGAAGAGGGGACAUUCAGAAACAGUUUACACAGUGGCUUCAAAACUGUCACGAGACGCUCGACAAACAGGUGAAGUUUAUUGACUACAAAGAAACUGUGACACGACCAGAAGUGGAGACCAAGAAAAAGCAACAUCCCUGGGCAGUUUUCUCCUCUAUCGAGCAACAUGGCAGAAGAUACAAUGCAGGGGACAUUGUAAAGUUUCAGAAGGCACCACAAAAUAUUUAUGGUACAGUGUUAAAAUUCUUUCUGUAUGGAGAGCAUAAAGGAGACGUGUUUGCCACAGGCGGAGAAGUGGAAAUCAAACGUGAGCCUGAAGGACUUUAUGAAGAGAUCACCAAGGUCAUACCCAUUGCUAAGAUCGACAGGACUGCCACAGAUGAAAGCAUCAAAAAACACAUUGAGAAUGAAAGGAAGAAGCUCCCAGAUUGCCUAAAAGUUGAAUGGCCAGAGGACAAUGACUUGCUUGAAAAUGCUGUCUUGCCUGCUGGCACGCCAAUAGGACCUAUUAAAGUUGAAAUUCUAAACAGUGAUGGAGAUUCCAUUUCAUCAAGGAUUCAGACAGGGACCCACGUGAUACAGCUGAAUGUUUCACUCAAGGUGGUGUUUAAUGGUGCUACAGAAGACGAGGUUCUUUUUCUUACUGCCCCCUAUAUCACUAAGAAAGGACAUUUUUUCACAACAAUUGGAAACUUGCGCAGUUUGGGGAAGUACACACUGACUCUAAAUGCUGUGUUAAAUGACAUUACCACAGUCUACGGUGGCAGAGAGCUUCCAAGAUACAAGCAAGAGUUUAGAGUCAAAGAGGGAAUCGCAGAGAGCUUUUCUAUUGGAGAGUUUAGUUCCUCUUUACGUGUGGGAGUGCCAUUUGACAUUCCUCUGCACAUGAAAGACUGUUAUGACCAUCCAACAAUACCUCCCAAUUACAAACCUACUCUUCAAAGCAGCGGUCUGGAACUGAGUUAUGAGACGACAACUUACAGUGCGGUCUUGUUAACCAUCCGAGGUGUCAAAGUCAAGGGAAAAGUCCCAAACUCUGCCUCAGUCAAGAUUUAUGACCUGAAAGUGACAUUGCCUGGGCUUAAACAUGAUACGCAGACUGUGAAAAUCCCUCUUCAUCCUGGAAAUCCCCAUUCACUUUUUGUGAAGUCAAAAACAAACCCAGUGGAAGUGGAGAAUGGAAACCCGGUGAGUUUUAAGAUUGAAGUCCAUGAUGAGGCUGGGAACAUCACUUGCAUCCCCAGACUGAAAGUUCAGUGCCAGAUUCCUGGGUUCCCUUUGGUGUUGAAAGACUGCAGCGCAGGAAAAGCUGAGCUUGUGACAAAGCCUGUAAAGCAAAAAAUUAUCAAUGGAGAGCAGCAAAAACUUAAAGCUAGAUUUGAAAUACCUAGUCAGAAGCAGGUUGCACCAGAGACUAGAGAGCUGAUUGUUAUGCCCAGCAAGCAGAUCUCGCGGAUGGAGCUUUUCUCCCAGGGCGAGGAAGAGCUGGUGUUGAAGAACAAUGAAAUGAUAACGUGGAGAGCCGGAGCAGUGCUGAAAAAGUUGUUUUAUAAGCUGUAUGAUGAGGCUGGAAGAGAGUUCCCAAUCACUCCUGAAAUUGCCUCCAAUAUUCAGGUCACAUGGGGAACAGAUUUUAAUCAGAAAGAUCUGAUAAAUGGCAGGCUACCAGAUCUACAGAUUCCCACCCAUGUGGAUGAAGAACACUUCUACCAGGUCUCCUACCAGGAAAAGAAAAAUGUGUCUUUCUGCUUCAAAAUUGUACCUUGUCCUGAUGAACCAGCAGAGCUAAAGGCAACUCUGCCUCAAAGCAUUCUGAAACUUGGUGAAACCUUAUCUGGAGACAUCAAGUUGGAACUUGUGGACCAGUAUUUUAAUGUAACCAAGAAGUUGACCUCCACCUGUGGGAAAUCCUUUUCUGCAGAAGCCGAAGGUCUUGACAAAUCAAGUAUUGACUUCAAAUGGAAAGAGAGCUGCAGUUGUGUUGUGGCGAUAGGAGUCCGUUUCGACUCAGGGUCUCCUGGACCCAGAGUGAUUUGCUUCCGCUACAAAGAUUAUAAGAAAAAUGUUGUCCUUGAAGUGACAGCAGGAGUUCCUUCCCAAAUUAAACUGGUCAGCAGACUGGAGAAGCCCUUGCAGGUUUUGAAUGGUCAUGAUAUUCCCACACCAUUCCUUCUCCAGCUGUGUGAUGAGUGGGGGAAUCCUUCUCCAGACAAGAACAUGCAUGUUGAGAUAAAACCUUCUCCUGUGACACUAAAAUUGACAACAGAGGUUUUACCUCCCGUGGACACAGAAGAGAAGACCUGUAUCAAAGUUAAUUGUGUAGAAGGAUCAAUAGGGUGUUAUGCGCUGGAGUUUAAAGGUUACAUAAAUGGUAAAUCCAUUGCUGGUCCAUCAGUGAACCUCACUCUCCUCCCUGAUCCCAACAAACCUGUUAGACUCUCAGUGGACUUUGACAAAAAUGCCAAGUUUUUUGCUGGAGGCAAAUUUCCAGUUUUCUCAGUGACAGUGAUUUCUGAAGAAGGGAGUCCGAUGACAGCUUUUAAACGUGCAGAUCUGUCCAUGUUGCUAUGGGAGGGACCACCAUCAAUGCGUCCUACAAUGGUCACUGAUCUAAAAUACAAAACACCUGUUGAAAAUGAGAGGAAGGACUGUUAUGAAUUCAGAGAAGAAGAAAUCCCAACGUGUGUUGGGGAGUACACUGUAGAGUUUUCUCUACAAACCAACAAAACAGAUGAUCAUCUUAGCUGUCAGAUCAGUGUAACAGUUGUGGCCAACGAACCCAUCAAACUAGAACCCGACUAUCAACAACAAACUCCAGUUGUUUUCUACUGUACAGACAUUGCCAAUCGAAUCUUGGUUGAAAACAUGACUUUGAAGAUAACAGAUCAGUUUGGAAAUUCAGCCGGGCAGAACCUGAAUGGAACUGUGUUCAUCUCAAUAAAGUGUCCUGAAGAAGAAAGAAACAGAAGCCUCCCUCUGUUUGAUGGAAAAACUAACACCAUUUCAAUUAAGCUAAAAGAAGGAAGUGCCCUCAUCAAUAGUUUAGCGAUCAUGGAGAACAGUCCUGGUGACAAUGGAAGCAGAUAUAUUCUCCACUUCAAGCCAGAAGUGACAAAUCCUCCCACAUCUCUGAGUCCCUUUGAACUGCCCUUCCACUUUUACAACGAUGCUGAGAACCAACAAAAAAAAAUUCAACUGAUGAAGAAGAAGGAUGAACUGACUGAGGCUAUUAAAAAAUGCAAUAAAAACUUUGAUACAAUUAGUAAAAAAAAGGAUUUUCUUAAAAAAAAUGUCGAAGUCUCAACAAGGAAAGAAGUUUCUCUCAGAAAUGAGCUGAAUGAAAGAGGCAUAAAAACAGAACACCGAUUAUCAAUUGAAGAUAGUAAAAAAUGCCUAGAGCAGAAGAAAUCUGAAGUGCAAAGAAUAGAGAAAACGCCAAGAAGAACCUUUUCCGUUCAUAGAGAAUUCAGCAGGCCUGACGUUCUUGGAAUGGUUGGUGAACUGGCCUUUGUUGCUGAUGAAAAUGUUGCAAGGGUCAUCUCCUGGCUCCUGCAGGGAGACAUGGACUGUGUCAUCACCACAACGACAGCAGCAGCUCAGAAACUCUAUGAAGACACACAGGGCAAUCAGCAGGUCAUGGCCCUUGAUAGUAUUCUUGUGCAACAGCAAGACAGACCCCUGCCACACAUACAAAACCGUCAAGAACUUUUUAAACCUUCUGGAAACCCAACCUUUGCCAGGAAACACCUGAUUUAUCGUGACAAACAGCUGAGUUGUGAUCGCAAUAAUCUGAUAACAGUGUUUAAGAACCUCCUUGGUGACACGAUUGUGAUGGAUGACUUAUUUUCCGCCACCAACUACAGAAAGGCACUUGUGGACAAGCGUAUACAGUGUCCCACCAUAUUGACCCGAACAGGGGAAAGAGUCAGUAACAAGGGCAAAUUUGGAGGUGCACAGAAUAGAGCGCCAUCGAUUGACAAGCUGAAAGUCUUUGGAGCUCCUCUACCAGACAGUUACGAAGAACUGAAGAAACAAAUAGAUGUGCUUCAUCGGUACUGUGCAGCAGUGGAAGAAAUAGAAAAAGCAGAAAAGGAUCUUAAUCACCAUUGCCCAAAAUGGGUGGAUGAAAUGCUCCAGGCAAAAAUACAGAUGAAUGCGAUGGAUGAGGAACUAGAAAAGAUUAACAAACAACUUGCAUCAGUGCCAGUGAGAGGAGGAAAACGUGCUUCUGGAAACUCUGAGGAGUCACCUAGCAUCGCUUCAAAACGUCAAAGAAAGAGAUCCAUGGAUGAGCCAGGAUCAUUUUCUGAAAUGAACUAAAGUUUAACUUUGAAUUUUAGUAAAAAGCAUUUUUUUUCCAUCAUACUGAUGAGUUCUUAACUCCCUCCUUUUUCAUGUUGUGAUUUUAAAAAAAGUCAAAAAUGAUCACUGAAUCAGCUUAAAGAGGUAUCUGCUUAUACUAGUGUUUGGACUUGUUUUGAUGUAGGAGACACUGAUACAUAUUUAUUUUUCUGUGCCACCUGUUAAAAGUCCUUGAUAGCUCAUCUCUGUUCCUUUUUUAUCUCUGAAAUGUCAAGAUUGGCAGCCAAUUUUUCUUUUGUUUUAUUGUCUUAUGUAUGUUAAUGGGGCAAUAUUAUGUAACAUCUACUUUUUUAUAUGUUUUUUAUAUGUUAUUUCCUCAUCAAAGAAAUUGUAAAUUACAAAGUCAAAUUUAUUUUAAGUCAUAUUUGAUAUAUGUAUCAGUUUUAUAACAACUUAUGUCAACAUGUUGAAUGUGCUGUGGACAAUGUAUGCCUGGAAAAUACAAAAUCGUGCCUCUUUAAAUUUUAAAUAAUAUAUUUUUUUAGUUCUUUAAUAAUUUAAAAUACAAUUUCAAUACAUCGGACACGACACGUUUCAUGUGUUGAUUUGAAAGAUAAUAUUUAACUUAA